AUGGGGUUACACGUUCAAGGUGACAAAUACACCUUGAUGGUCAAUCGAGCCGGUGACCGUUGCCACAACCCUAAAGGUGUGGGUGUGGUUCGUACGCCUCCUUUUGGUUGGUUUGGAAUUAGGGUGUUUGACCAAAUCCACUGGAUGAACUACCAGGGAUCCACCAACCCGGUUAUAGCCCCGGAUGUUGGCUUUUCGUCCUCUCACUUUCGUGGAAAAACACCUCCGCCACGAGAAGGCGCUUCCAUUGAGCAGCAAUUCGCCAAUGGUUAUCUAUUCGGCAAGUUACUCAACAAGUACGGAAUGCAAAAGGAUUUUGGGUACUUCAAAGAUUUGAGAACCAUGGCUGAACUUGUGGCUCGGUUUGAGGCCAAACGCAAGGAGAAAAUGUAUCAUGCACAAGGUGACCGUUUGCAAUCCGCCGAACGGCGAAUGGAGCGGGUUCAACAAAAUCGAACCAAAAUGAUGGAACACAGUCGACAGUUGCGAUUAGCUCAAUCAGAACUAAUGGCCAAGCUUGAGUAA